UGUGCAUGCACUGGUGACAUUUUAGUCGUCGUCCGAUAACAUGAUGCAGACAAAGUUUAACAUUCCCCGUCAUGCGCAGUAGCCGAAUGCAGUCGCCGGAACGGGAACGAUGGCCGUCGAUAAUUGUCUCUUUGGCCAGUGCAUCCUUUAUUUUUGAGCAUUUCUUUUCGGUUUCAUCGCCGUCGUGCCGCUCUCUGAAAACAGCGAUGACUUCCAGGGGAAAUGCCUGCUGUUUACUGAGGGAAUGUGGCAGAAUGAGAACAUGACGAUGGGGAAACAACGCUUUAUAGUUGAAGAAUGGGGACCAGAGUCAUCCUGCCGCUUCAUCACUUUCGUGGGCAUUGUGUCUCUCAUUCUGUCCGAUGUACAGGCGUGGCGGACCUUUUUUUCCCUCUGCAAAGGCCACGACGACUCUCUUUUCCAUGCCUUCUUGAAUCUGCUCUUGUGCCUGUUGGUGGUAUUUGUGGUGUUUGUUGCCGGUACCAUCUCCAGUGUUGGCUUCAGUGCAUGGUGUGAUUCUGUCACUGAAAAUGGGGUCAUGCCCAGCAGUUGUGAGGAUCUGCAAGACACAGAUUUAGAGCUUGGUGUUGACAGCAACUCCUUUUAUGACCAGUUUACCAUUGCACAGUUUGGCUUGUGGUCGGCCUGGUUAUGCUGGUUGGGUCUAACAGUAUUAGCCUUCCUGAAGGUUUACCAUAACCAUCGGCAACAGGAGCUGCUAGACAGUCUUGUUCAAGAGAAGGAGCUCCUGCUAGGUCAUCCUUUACAGAGGAGUUCUUGCAACAGGAAUGCCAUGAUUUAAACAAACAUCUCUCAUGUUCUGUAGUCCAUUUACACUUCAUGAA